AUACAGUAGUUCAAUUUGUGAAUAAGGAAGAAAUGAGCUUUCUUAAUGAUUAAGUGUACCGUGUCUAAUAAAUGGAGCUAUUGUGCGGCCUUAAUGUAUUAAUUAUCGUAUUAGAGGCUUUUGUGAACGUAUCAAAAAUUAUAAAACAUGCUCGCUAUGCGUCGUGAAAGUGAUAAUAAUAUAACUAGUAGUAAUAAUCCAUCACAUAACUACACCGCCAGCUCUUUAUCUGGCGAGAGUAAUUUAACGCAUUUGAAUUAUCCUCAUCCCAUCCACGGUUAUAGUCCAUCGAACUAUAGUGGAUAUCAGUCAAGUAACCGACCAAAUCCAGCAUUGAUCUCAUCAUCUUCUCAAAAUCAACUUGAAGAGUAUGUAGAUAUUCUGCAAGUACAACAAUUACUCCUUGAAAAUUCAACUGCAUCAUCAUCUUCUUCAUCUACCGUUAAUACUGCAUCAUAUACAUCACCUGCAAGUAUUAUAACGCCGUCAUCUAGUAAAAAUUUACAGCCUCGACCACGCGUUAACUUGCAAAAAGCUGCUGAAUUUGCGCAAGUUCAAGGUGACAGUCCAAAUUCAAGGAGAGUUUUAUUUGAUUAUCCUGCAAGUCCAUACUUGUAUGGAAAUUAUCAUCAUCCUUCGCCAAGCGAAGAUUUGUUACUUUGGUUUGGCAGUACAAGUGCAGGCAGUUCUCCAGCUGCUCCAGCACCAACUACGGCCAUGAUUAUGGAAGGUUUAGAAACCCUAGUGACCCCAUCUCACCAUGCCUAUCUUUUAACUGAGUCGGCAGCAGCAGCGCAUUUUAAUGUGCUAAGUUUCGAUACAUGCAGUCUAUUUAAAACGGCAGCGACAACAGCAAGUUCAUUUAAUUUGAAUAAUAAUAAUCAUACGAUAACAAAUAAUAAUCAUCAUCCAUCGCAAACACACUUGAUAAGUAGUCAAAAUCAUCAUCAGCAACAAAUGCAUCAGCAUCAGCAUCAGCAAUCAGCGAGUCAACAAAAUCUACAAACAAGCACCGUCAAUACAUCAUCACACAACAGUAGCAUCAACACAAGUUCACAUUCCUCCACCUCGGUGACCCAAACAUCAAAGACAGAUUCAACAGUUGUCUCAUCAACCGCUACAAUAACAACAACAUCAUCGACAAGUGGACAUCAUUCGCAUCCCACAUUGAAUUUACCAGAAAGUCAACAGCAAACAGCUGAUCGCAGUCAACAUUUACAAACUGGUGAUUUAAAUACGCCUGUGACUACAUCAAGUGAUAUACCGUCAUUCUUCGGACCAUCUACGGUCGUUGAGCCACCGAUUAUUACUGGCUCAAUAGAGUCAGAAGACUUAUCAUUAGAGCCGCAAAAUGUGUCUAGUCCUGCCAGCUUAUGCAGUCCUUCAAAGCAAGAACGCAUUACACCACCAACGAUUAUCGUGGAAGAAGAAACAAGUAAUAAUAGCAAUAGUGUUAAUUCACAUUCUUAUACAAAUCAUCAUCACCAACACAAUCAUCAUCAUCAUCAUCAUCAUCAGCUUCAAUCAAUUCACAAUAUUCACCCACAAAAUCAUCUUCAUCUACAUAACAAUAUAAAUAAUAAUAAUAUCAAUCAUCAACAUACUAUAACAAAUCAUGAUCACAUGCACAAUAACACAAACACACAAACGCCAAAUCCACAUGAACACCAUCAUGAGAAUAAUAAAAUUUCUUAUCGUGGUGUUUUUGCAACUGCAGGUCCUGGUGCUAGUCCAAAUGGAAGUAACAGUAAUAUGGGGCUUGUUGGUACACACAUUUCAUCUCACUUGACAAUUAUGCCAAGUCAAAUGUCACCACCAUCAGCGUCGAGUUUAAACUGGACAUUACCGAGUCCCGAUAAGACGCUUUUCCAACAACCAAUGUUUAGCUUAUUUAGUACAACACAAAAUACACCUCAGUCUCAUUUCGGCUCAAGUUCACAAAGUGGACAUCAUCAUUACGACGAUAGACCAUCCCAUCAUCAGGUAGAGUUAUUGGGUAUGAAUAUGGACACCAGCAACAUAUUAUUAAAACAACCCACAAAUUAUGGCGCAUGUGUUGUUCCUACAUCUCUCUCAUCGAUUGAAUUACAACAACAGGAAAUGCAUCAAUAUUCACGAAGUGAGGGCUUAGGUGCACCAAAAUAUCAAUGGCUUGAUUCACCUGUUGAAUAUGGAUCUCCACAACAAAAUCAACAACAAUUUAUUCAGCAGGAGCAAUCGACAUCAUCCACAUCAUCAAAUUCUGUUUUAAUCCCAAAACAAGAACCUUACUCGACGCCAAAUUCCUGUCAAACGAGUGACUCAAGUCAUAUGCAAUCCCAAUCACAACCACCAUAUCCAGUUCAAUUAGCUGAGUAUAAUCAAGCAACAAGUAAAGGCCAUGAAAUUUUAUCUCAAGUUUAUCAACAAAGCCCAAUACCAUUGAAACUAGUCCCUGUUAAGCCUCGCAAAUAUCCAAAUCGUCCUUCUAAAACCCCUGUGCACGAGCGUCCAUAUGCUUGUCCCGUUGAAAAUUGCGAUCGUCGAUUCUCUCGAUCUGAUGAAUUAACCAGACAUAUUCGUAUCCAUACAGGUCAGAAACCAUUUUCCUGUAGAAUUUGUAUGCGCAGCUUUAGUCGUUCGGAUCACCUCACGACACAUAUUCGUACCCAUACUGGCGAGAAACCUUUCAGCUGUGACACUUGUGGACGUAAAUUCGCACGAUCUGAUGAGAAGAAAAGACAUGCAAAAGUUCAUCUAAAGCAGCGAAUAAAGAAAGAGAAAUUGAAUCAAAAUAAUAAUAAUAACAAUAAUAAUAACAACAAUCAUCAUCAAACAAUUUCUCAUCAUCAUUUGCAAGACAUUUCUGGCUUACCACUUAUUCCACCGUCGAUAAACACAACGACAUCUUUGUAGACCGACGAAUCGUCGAUUGAUGUAUUGCGAUAUGAUGACGAUGAUUACGAUGAGGAUGAAUGCAACAACAACAACAUGUCAGCAUCAACAACAUUUGACUUAUCUGAUGUAAAAGAUGAUGUCUUUAUGGGCUAUAAUGAGGAUCAAGAUACUAUAAAGAUUCAUCCGAUGCAAUUCAAAGUUGAAAUCGAUGACGAAGAAAUUGAUCAAGUUGUUCCAACCAUCCCAACAUCGUGUCCCAACGAUUAUGAAAUUAGUUGUGAAGAUAGCAGUUUAGAUGUUAUUGUCUUAUAUGUGAAUUAGAAUGCUGGAUAUAAGCACACUCACCUCUCUCUUUCUCUCUCUAUUUCCUUCGAGCAAAAUUUCCAAUUCUCAAUUUUCAUUUCGAAUUCUACUGAAACUCAAUAAGAAGAUGAAGAUUGUUAUUCUAUUGGAGAAACAACUCAAAGUGCCAAAAAAAGAUAAUAUUUGUUCUGUUGUAGAGCAUUUAACAGGGGAAAUUGAACACAAAAAGUACAUAAUUAGAUAGAAGAAGAAACACACAUUUUUUGCAUCAUUACAGAGAAACCAGCCAAUCAAUAACACAUAAUAUGGAAAAAACUUCUGCUCACGAAAACUUCUCUUCGGCAAAUCGCAAUAUCUGAAUCGACGACUGGAAACUGAAUGUACGUACACAAAUAACUGUUUGUUUAAAAUUGAGGAUUAUUGAUCCUUAGUUCCAACUUAUAGUGGAAGUCCUCUUUUGGUGGACAUUCCAAGAAAAUAUCAAACAUUCUCAAUUUUUAAUAAACUUGAUUAAAAGUGCAAUAAAAUCAAAUGCCAUUCGUAUCAUUCAAGAAAAAAAGUCAAGAUAAUUUUAAGACUAAGCUAUAAAGCCUCAAAAAAAAAAUAUGAAAAAUGUUAUAAAAAAUAAAAAGGCAUAAAAAAUAAUUCGAACAAAAAAAAAUUAUAAAUGAUAACUUUAAGGAAAUAACUUUCAAGAAUCCUAGCGUAAAGGCACUAAUUAUUACUUACAUUGCAACAUUCAAGUAACAAAAUGUUAAAAUGAGAUUAUUUUUUUUUAUUACUCAAUGCGAAUUAUCGAAAUUUUGAGAAAGUUAAAUUUUUAACGAUUGAAUCUAAUUUUGAAUUCAGAGGGGUUAAUAACUUCUUACUAGUUGUAUUCCUAAUUCAAAAUUGACAAAACUUGUUAAAAUUUUAACUUUCCUCUUUGUCGCAAAACUCAACUUUUUACUCAUUUUAAGCAUCUCUUUUAACAAAAUAUACAGGGGUAAAGCAUCAAUCUGAUGUUAAGCCACUAGAAAUAAUAAUUGAUUCUAUUUGUACUUUAUAAAACAUGAUCAAACUCUCUAUACGAAAGAAAAUUAUAAUGAUAACUAAAAAAAUCUUUACUGUGAUCUCAAAAUAAUAGAUAUAUAAACUAUACAUAUAUAUUUUUAUGUUGCAUUAUAUUUUUAUACGAAAAAAAAAAAUCUAUAAUAUCGUUUCUUUUUUCGGGAAAAAAAUUCUUACAAAUUUCAAAUUCGCAUGGCAUUGAAAACAAACAACAAAACUUCAAAAGAGUGCAAUUUUCUUAAGUUUUCUUUCUUCACAUUUUUCAUACAUGUGUACUAGCUAUAUUAAGAAUGAAGAAUUGAAUCGUCAAUGGAAACAAAUUAAAAUUUUUUAUCUCUACAAUAAAAAUACAUGUAACUUGUUUUCCUGAAUUUGAACAUGAAAUCAUUGCAUUUUAAAUACGUGAAUAUAUCAACAAAUAUCUUUCAAAUUUAUAUAUUAGAACAAAAAAAAAGAAUAAAAAUUCGUGUUUAAUACAAGAAGAAAAAAUUUUUCUCCGCGAGAAAAUUUAAAAUUCAUUUUUAAUGAAAACAGAAAAAUGCAAAUUUUUUUGCAGACGAAUUUUUUAUCAAAAAAGAAAUUUUAAGAACAAAAUUAUCGUAAAAAUUUUUUUAAUGUUUUCUAAUAAAAUGUGUGAAUGUAAAACUUUGCAAAAUUGUUAAUCGUCUUUGCUUAAAAAUAAGAAAAUAUUAAAAAUAUAUGCAUAUAUCAUGACAUUUCUUAAAUGUUAUUUCUAAUUGGCCUAUAUAUAAUAAGUUGUCAUUGGCGAAGCAUAAUUCUUAGGAUUUUUGUCUUUUUUUUAUAUUUUUGUCAUUGAAAAUUGAUUGGAUGUCGGGUGUUUUGGACUAUUCUUAGACCUUUUAAAAUUCCUUGAAUUAAGAGGUUUUCAAAAUUAUAUCAUUUAUAGAACCUGGACCAUUUAGGGCAGAUGUAACCUCGGGAUUGGGAUGUUUUAUAAAUUUUACAGAGGUUUUGGUGCGUAUAAGUGUCCAAAAGACUAGAAGAAAAUAGCUAGUAGCUAAGAGCUUAGAAUCUAGUUGCUAUCCUAGCUAAGAAGCUACAUAUCCUAGUACCUAGAAGUUUAUACCUAGGAGCUAGUACCUAUGAAUCUAGUACAUAAAAGCUAGUACCUAAGAAACUAGUACCUAGUACCUAGUGCCUAAGAAGCUAGUAGCUAAGAAGAUAGAAGCUAGGAAAUGAAGAGUUUGAUUACCAAAAUUCUUCAUCUUUUGGCUUCAUUCCUUCUCUCUGGAUAUAUAACACUUGAAAAACUAGUCUUAGGACCAUGGUUUCUCAAAAAUAACCUAAAGUAUACCAAGAGUUUCAAUGUGGAAGUUAGGCAUAAAAAUUGAUGAGAAAAUCAUAUAAUGCAAAUAUGGAGUUCCAAAUUGACAUGAAUUUUGAAUGAGAUCGAGUCCGAAUCGACAACUUUGUUCAUUCAAAAUUCAUGUCGAACUCUUACUCUUUUCAAGAGAGACCCUUUUCUACUACACAAUAACCCCAACCACCCUAAAAAUCUCACCGACAGCCAAUUAAAAUUAAUUAUGAUUUUAAUUUUCCUAUGAAUUAAAUAAUGUGCCAUCUAAAAUAAGAAUGUUACUGUUACUCUAGAGCUCUUUGCACUCUUGAAGUUUUACGAAAAAAAAAAUUAAAAUUUGACUGAGAGUACCAAGAAGUUUCACUUGAUAAAAGAAAUAGAGACUUAUUUUUAUCAAAAGCACACAAAAAUAAAACGAGAAAAAAUUUUCAUUAAUUUUUCUUUCCAAGACUCAAGGUUUAUAAAACAAAAAAAAAAGUAAAAUUUACGGAAGAUUAUUAAAAAUAGAUAGGAGAUGAAUUUCACAAAGUGAGGUAGAUAAAUUAUCAUAUACGAAAUUGAAGAUUCAUAUUUAUUUAUAUAUUGUUAUGUUUCGUGAGAAUUAAAGUCAAUUUUCCAGUCAAGUCGAUUGUCGUCAUUCCAUGACGAGAAUAAUAUAUUUACAGUAAGUGAUCCAGGCAAGCCGAUUUAUAAAAUCUAAAUAGACAGGAUCAUCCACAAUUCGAGGAAUAACGACAAUCAACUUAACUAUUCAUAAAUGACGUCACAGGGGGGCUCAAUAGAAUUUCUUAGAAAUGUUAACUGCUGCUUUUAGAUAAAAAAAAAGUGACGUCUUUAAUGAAGAAGCCUUUAGGGUUCGUUAAUAAAUGAUGUUCAACUUAUGGGGGACUGAAGCUUUGUGCCACACUACGUCAAUUUUUUGACUAAGGGGGGAGGGAUGAUUAAAUAUUAAAAUAAAUUGUGAACGUCAUUUAUGAACAACCCCCCCAAUGGAAGAUGACAAAGAGAUGAUUUUAGAGUAGGCUAAAUCAAAUAUAUAAGCUCAUGCUGAACGACUAUUAAGAUGAUAAUUUAGUAAUUGAUGUAGAUAGAUGAUGAAAGAAAUUUAAAGUCAGUCGCUGUUAAAGAGUACACAAAAAAAAUUGCAGUCACUUGCCAUAUAAAUAAACACAAAAAAAUAUAAAGAAUAUAUUUAUUUAACAUUCCAUGAAAUAUCUCUUGCCACAUAAUAUUUUCUUCUCGCGUGAAAGUGUCAUAAAUUAUCACAAAAUCAAAAUCUAGAGCUCAAAGAGUAUCAUCAGCCAUAAACAUACAAAAAAAAAUUAAAGUUGAAUUUAUUAAAAUCUAUUUAACAGUAAGGGAAAUAAGAGAAGGAAAUAUUGGUACUACAUAACGUAACAAAAAAAAAAACAUGAUGAUAAUAUAGUAGAAAAAAAAAUUUACAGGUUUCAUUGACGGCCUUAAAAAAAUAUUUCAGAGAAAAAAAAAUUAUGAAAAAUAAAAAUUGACAAAAAAAAAUCUCAGACGAAGUUUCUCAUUGCAUUAUUAAAAAAAAGUGACCUAAAAUAUUUAUUUUUGAAAUUCAAAUGGAAAAUUUAUUAACAACAUGCAUGUUAUAAGUGUGAAAGAUAUUUUUAAGGAAAGAAAAAUUACAUAGGAAAGAAAACUAGCGUUUUUCAGCAAAACAUACAAUUUAUUUUUUGAAAUAUUUUGACACAAAAAACAUGAGCAGAAAUUAUUUUUUAAUUUGAUGUCAAAAGUCAUUCGGGUUUCCUAACCUCAAAAAUUAUUUUUUUUUUCUUUUGGGUUAUGUUCGACCUUGCGCUCAAUUUUAUAAAUUUUGAAAUUUUUUAAUUUGAUUUAUGACGAUUAAAAAUUUGGGGAUUUAUUUAUUGACUAGGCUGGUUUGCUAAGAGUUCUAGAAAAAUAUCUGCCACAAAAAGCUCUGUUAUGAAUUACCAUAAGUUCAGAUUUGUUCAAGAGUUUUAUUAAAAUUGAAUCUAUUCAAAAAGAAUCUAGUCAUAUUGAGGAUCCUCUGCUGUUAAAUUCUAAUUUUGGGUUCAUCCUAUUGUUCAACUAGCUUUAUAACUGUUUCCUGUGAAAAUGUGCUAGAAUAGUUUCAAAUAAUAUUAAAUGUCCUAAUCGAAACAAAGCUCAAUUUUAAAAACUAUUUCGUAGAGUUUAUAAAACGGAUCAUUAACGUACUAAGCAUUAGGAUCAAGAAAGAGAUUAUGUAGAAGCUAAUUAUUGUUUUUGUUAACUCCUUGGUUUUAAAUGUAUAGUUUAGAAUAUCAAAAACCUUAUAAAAUCAUAGGGUGAACUCCUUUAGAUAAUAUAACUUAGGAAUGAAACCAAUUAAAACUACAAAGCCUAUAAAAAGCUUCCCAAAAACCAAUCGGAAACAUCUUAAAAUCAAAUGAAAAAAUAACUUUUGCUCAUAAGCAGGCCUAAUCGCAAGAUAAACUGAUAUUCAAGAAGACAAAUAGUCAUACAAAUUACAAACAUAUUCUUCAGCAGCUUCUUUUUCGUCAAACGAAAUGAGGUUAAAUGAUUUUUUUUUAUAAAAAAAAAAUAAAAAUACAAAAGAAAACUUAAGAUACAAAAAAAAUAUAAAAUUUUUAAUAGAUAUAUUAAAAAAAUGAUAAAAAUAGUCGCAAAGCGCCACAAGAAUUUACUUUUGAAGGAAAAAAAAAACAAAAAUUAGAAACGUGCAUUUGUGAAAUUGUGCAGCACAACAAAAAAAAAACAUAUUUUUCUCUUCUCUCUAUUUUGAAAAUUUUUAAGAAAAAAGCUUUGAUAUAAAAUUUAAAAUAAAAUCUAUAUUAUAAUAAUAUUAACAAAAAAAAAACGAUUAAUGUUUUACAAUUAGAUUUUAAAUACUGACGAAAAAUAUCUGUGAAAUCUGUCUUGAGACUUUUGUUAAGGCAAGUUAAAAAAAAAAGAAUAUUAAGGUUUCUACAUAUUUUUGUUGAUGUUUUACAAUUUAAUUACUAUUUCUGAUAAAAACAUAGUUAAGCUAACAUGAGAAAAAAAUAAUGAUAAUGAUAAUAAUUUGUGACACUAAUUAAGGGGAAAAAAUUAUCAGAUUAUUUAGAUGUUCUUGAGGAUAAGAAGCAUAAAAAAAUAUUAUUAGAUAGUGAAAAACAAAAUAUAUUUCAAAUUAUGAGAAUUUCUCGACAAAUCAAAUUUAAUCAAUUCAUAUGUUUAAAGAUACAUUUAAUUGUGUAUUAGGUGUAUAUAAUAAGUAAUCAAAUCAUUCAUAGUGCCACGUUGAUGAAUCAAAUGUUCGAAUCAAAUCACAUUAAAAAAAAUAGUUCUUCAACUCUCAUUGAGAACAUUUUAUUCAAAUUCGUGAUUCUCAUUAAUAUUUUCGAUUUCCUUAUGAUGAAAAAAAAAAUAUAAGUAACAAAGUCACCGUGCGACGGAUGAUUAAAGCGCAUUUUUGCAGCAAAUUAUUUUAUGAAUUUCUAAAAUUCAUGUAGCUAAACGUACUCAUUAGUAUACUGAAGGCAUGUCCUUGUUCAUUUGUCAAUUAUGUCAAUUUCUGCAUUAUUGACUAUAGUCAGUUCAAAACUGACUCAAGAAUCUAAGCUAGCUUAUGCAUAUCUGCAAAAAUGCGUCUUAUAAGUAAGAAAAAAAAACCUUAUCAAAAAAAAAAAAUAUGAAAAAAAGUCACUAAUUGGUGUGAAAAUUGAUGGAUAAAAAAUUAAGGAUGAUAAAAUAAAAAAAAAAGUUUUUUUUGUUCUAAUGAACUCGAUGAUAAUUUAAUUUACGUUUGACUGCAUCAUUUGAUGAUACAAAUUAAUUUAUUUAACUACAAAUAUAACAUAAACAAAAAAAAUUAUUUAAUAAUAAGAUUAAUGACAUAACAAUUAAUAUAUAGUUAAACUAUAUAAUACAAAACAUAAACAAACUUUGUUCUCUUUAAUCUAACGAGAUUUUUAUUAGUUAAAUUUAUUGAUUAAGAUGCAAAAAAGAAAACUUUAAUCCCUCAAUUUUAACAUAUUUUUAUGUUAUACAUAAUAUGAACAAAAUGAUAAAUAACAUAAUUUUUAUUUCCAAUGAAAGAUUUUCAUCAAAUAAAGAUUUCG